AUUCAAGUUAUUUUGGUCCUAUUACUUUUUUCUUUCCUCUUGGCAGUGUAGCUCAUUGGUUCUAGUUUUGAAGAUUUAACAUCUCUUCUGGUCUCAUCUUAUAAACAAUGGAAUCAAAUAGAGCACUCAUAACCAUUUUUAUCCUCCUUUGUCUCUUUCUCUCGGCAAGCUUCUUCACUCAUUCUGGUAAGCGUCUCUUUCUCUUCUUCUCUCCAGUUCUAGCUCCAAGAGCAUUUGAUUUUUUUCUUUCUAAUUUUGUAGCAGAUGCAAGAAAACUUGUUGGACUUGAGAGAGACUCAAAGAAGAGGCCAAAGAAGCUGACCAUCAAAGCAUUAAAACACACAUCAGUGUUAGAGAAAAUGAUGACACAACUCAAUCUAGCUCAGCCUUUGGAUUGCUCAACAACAUCCUCCAACACUCAACCUAAUAGUGUUAGUGCAACUCUCAGUCUAUCUCCCUACGUUCCACUUGCUCCACUUUCAGUUCCCGAUAAUGCCCCUCCUUUUUGUGUUAAUCCUCCAAAUAUUCCUCUAAACUUGCCUCCUUUCUCCUCCUAUCCUGAACUUAGCCCACCUCCAGGCCCAAUCAUUGUACCUAACCCACCUGAAUCAUCUUCUAAUCCAAACUCAAACCCAAAUCCACCUGACUCCACCUCAAACCCAAACUCAAUUCCAAACCCACCUGAAACAUCCUCCUCUAAUCCAAACCCACCAGAAUCAUCUUCUAACCCGAACCCACCAGAAUCAUCAUCAAACCCCAGCCCACCCGUUACAGUCCCAAACCCACCUGACAUUUCCAGUCCAAACCCAUCAGAAACAGUUCCUAGCCCUUCAGUACCCGGUUAUUCGCCAGGCCCAUCAGGACCCAUUUCAGGUCCACCUUACUCCGAACCAGGCCCAUCAACCUCGACUAACACUCCUACACCGUCCGGUAAUAUUCCAACCCCAUCAUCAGAGUUUUUACCUCCGAUCGUCUAUCCGCCGCCUAUGGUUCCACCACCACCUAGCGUGAGUCCGGCAUCAGGUUACUGGUGCGUUGCUAAGCCUUCAGUGCCUGACCCAAUCAUCCAAGAAGCCAUGAAUUUUGCUUGUGGAUCAGGAGCUGAUUGCCAUUCAAUUCAGCCUAAUGGGUCUUGCUUUAAACCCAAUACAUUGUGGGCACAUGCUUCAUACGCCUUCAAUAGCUAUUGGCAGCGAACCAAAGGUUCCGGUGGCUCGUGCUCGUUCGGCGGCACCGGCAUGCUUGUCACCGUCGACCCAAGCUUUAAUGGGUGCCAUUUUGAUUUCUUCUAAUGCAUGAAGAACAAUGAAGACGUCUCUCAUUUUUUAAAAAUUUAUAUCAUGUGGAUACGAAUAAUAUCAACUACGUUUGAUAUAUGUACAUUAGGUUGGUCUCUCACUUGUAAGUUGUAACCCUUUAAGGUUUAUAAAAUACUAAAUUCCUAUGGAAUGGCAUUGGCAUAACAACAGGG